UGACGACAGAACAAGAGUUGUCAAGUAAGUUACGUGUGUAGAAGUGCGCUGAUGAACUGUCACAUCUUUUUUGUAUUCCCAACAGGUAAAUACACUUAAAACAGAAUCUUGAAAUUAGUUAACAGUAGUAGAAGUACAGAUAGCGACCUGUGGUAAUGUUAACUCUCUACAACAACGAGUUUUCUUGUGUGUUUUAACUAGCUUCUUCUGGUACAGUGGCGCGCGGUCAGUUAACGGUUAUCGGCAAAGCCACUGAGUAUGUUUGUUACAUUAUACGAAAGCUUGUCAGCUAGAGGAAUAAUACAGUUCAAAAAUGAAUGCUGUGUAUGUAAUGUAUGAGGUUUACUGUUAUGAAAAAUAGGCUAAAAGUAAAUACUGAAGGUAUCAUUUUGUGUAUUAGCUCCAAGUUUGUGUCAGCGUCAGUCCCAAUGAGUGAAUGUAUGUUAGCUAACGCUAAUCGCGAUAGAGGUUAUUGCAUUACUAUAGAGGUUAUUGCUAUGUUACACUCUCUAUGUGGUUCUGAAGGAAGGCAUCAAGACAUGAUUGUCCUCUAUUGUUUAAGUGUCACAUUAUUUCGGCGGUAUUGAUGUUAGGAAUUAUUAUCUGUUAUCUCCACACUGGGAAUUUGAAGAAAGAAAUCUAGCAACAUGAAUAGAACAUAGGCUAAGGUUGUUCAGUGAGAAUGUUGUACACACGCGCUCGAGCACAGACACAAUUGGCGCCGUUACACACACACACACACACACACACACACACACAUCUUCACAAAUACUUACCUGUUACAUGGUUUCUGCUUAUUAGAGAGAUUGUCAUUUGAUGAAUAGUUAUAUGAUUACUGUAUACACAUCUGUAAUACUUACCUGUUACAUGUCUACUGCUUAUGAGAGAGGGUAUCAAUGGAUGAAUAACUUAGAUGUUAGAUGAUUUCUGCUACAUACGCAUAGUAUACUUACUUGUUGGUGGUAUAAUUGUAUAAUAUGUUACAUUAUUAGUGCUUAUGCGAGACAUGGAAUUUAAUUGCAUAUUCAAAAUAUCUGUUACAAUGUUCUUCUGAAACCCAAUGUGUGAUUGGGUUAUACAUGAACUAAAGGUUGUGAUACUUAGUAAUAGUAAUGUGUAAAUAGCUGACGACAGAACAAGAGUUGUCAAGUAAGUUACGUGUGUAGAAGUGCGCUGAUGAACUGUCACAUCUUUUUUGUAUUCCCAACAGGUCAAUACAUGCCAACAUCAUCUACCUGUGAGUGUAAAACCUGUCCUGAUGGUCAGUUCACCGCAGAAGAAAACAGCUUUCCUAAAUGCAGAACAUGUGAAGUCUGCAACAAAAAGGACUUCAAGCAGGCAAACAGUACGUGUAAGGCAGACAGAGAUACGCACUGUGUGUGCCUGGAGAAAUACUACUGCACAGACUUUAAUCCAGAAAUCAGCUGCACACACUGCGUAGCGCGUCUUCAAUGUGACCCUGGGGAGGGUGCAGUCAACUAUGGAGCUCCAGGAAACACCAUCUGCAAACCUUGUCCCGAGGGAUUCUUUAGCAAUGUCAAAAGCUAUAAACCCUGUUUUCCGCACACCAACUGUACUGCAGUAGGGCGGGAAGUCAAGGUGGCUGGUACCACAAAUUUAGACGCAGUGUGUGGCAAUCACCUGUGUGCCUACCCUGCCCACUACUGGAUGCUACCCACGGGCUUGUGGUUGGGGCUAAUCGUUUCUGUCAUCAUCGCCAUCAUCGCAGCCUACGUUUACUGGAAGGUGAUGCGCCAAUCAAGACGCCCGGAUAGUGCUUCAGAGGACCUCAUCGUGAGGUUUUCUCCUGUGCGGGCCCCUGACAUAUUGCCGCCACCCAACGAACUUUACAAGAAUAAAUGCAACGAGGCUCAACCACUCAACCACUGUGCGGUGGAGACCAGCUCAAUCUCCUGUGACUGCACCGUGGAAUGUGAUGGCCCUGCAUCGCCCAUGAUGACAUCACCAACCUCCCCAAUGAGACUCACCCCAUUGGCUGCCACCUGCGAAGCAGCAGGGGACAGCAUUGUUUCCAACGUCUGUCAAUCAGAGCCGCAGGAAGAUGAGUGGACUGGAGCCUAACCGCUGGCAGACAGGGCCCGCCCCCCCACCCCCCCUCACCUCCUGCCCCAGCCUUCACACUAACCCGACCAGCUGUGGAGCACUGGCUCACUAAUAUGUGUGUUCAUGUUAUUAACAUGGGCCAUGUGAGUGGAUCAACAUUUUCUCCUCAGUUGAAUGAAGAAUGAAGGACGUAGCAUUUCUGGGUUAAAGCUGAGACUGUAUGGAGGACGCCUUUGGCUAACUGGACAUGUCAUGACACUGGCCCUAGAACCAUGGACACAGAGGAUUGAUGGAGGAAGUGCGCCUGCUCAGUGCUAGAAAGGGACAGACUAUUAGACGGGGUGCAACAGACAACACAGAAUAGCGCAAUGUCAAAGUCAAAUCACUUCUCUGUCCAGAGGAAGUGUCCAUGUGUGUAUUUAUAUCAGCGACUGCAAAUGUUCCUGUUUUUUCCCGUACUGUGUUUUCUCUGUGUAUGUUUUAUACAUUUUUUUUUUUUAAAUAAACCUCUCAAAUACCCCAGUAUACAAAACUGAACUGCAA